AUGUUAGACCCUCAAUUAUAUACUAUCCGAUUAGCUUCGCCGUCUCAAAUCGAGGCACACGUUCAGGCAAGCUUCGAAAUUGAUGAGUGGCGCAAUGCGAUGACCUGGGAGGAAUUCCAAGUAUUCUACGGAAAAGAACAUGCUUCUGAAUGGGCUAAAGAUUCAGGAGCGUUGACUUGGGUAUUAGUACGAAGAGAUGAUUAUGAUGGACAAAUAUAUUCAACAUGUAUAACACAUCGAAUUAAGUGUUUUUACAAAUCAAUCAAUUCCAAAUCCAAAUCCAAAUCCAAUUCCAAUUCCACAUCCAAUUCAGAUCCGAAUGAUGGUGGGAUCGUAACGAUUAGUAAUGAAUGGUAUUACACCGUUACGACCGUUGCUACUCCCAUCAGACGUCGAGGUAAAGGAUAUGCCAAACAUCUCAUUCAAUUAUUACAUUACGUCUUACUCUCACCUUCCGACCCUGGACAUCCUAUCAGCGAUGACAUACCAGAAUAUCCAGUUGAUAAAUGGGGUGAACCACCAUUACCUAUCAGUGAAGAUAUACUACCAAAAGGGAUAGCCAGUGUAUUAUGGUCUGAUUUACCAAUCAAGUUUUACGAGAAUUGUAAGAUUGGUUCAGACAAGCGAAAAAGCUAUGGAUGGAAGAGUCGAGCAGAAUGGAAUUAUAGACUCACAUGGUCAUUGAACUCGAACAGGGACAGUUGCUCUUCAACAUUCAAAGAUAAAGAUGACGAUUCGCCAAAUCUUGGAUGGGAUCCAAUAUGGGAAUCGGAUUUGUUCGAAAUCGGUUCGAUACUUUCUCAAAGUAUCAAACACAAACUUGAAAAUAUCGAUACUUACAAUCAAGCGAUAUUGGUUCAAGAUCCAUCCUCAAGAGGAUUGUUAAGUUUCGUAAGGAGUAGAGGAUCCUUCUUACCUGAUCGAUUGGCUGUCAAACCUUCUUCUUCCACUCAAGGUGAUAUUCCAUGGGGUCUACGACUGAAGAAAUCUUCUAAUUCACGUGAGCACAGUGGAGAAAGUGAAGAAACGAUAGUCAUCUUCGCGCUGGACAAUUAUCAGAUUUCGCCUAAUUUGCUUAUGACUUAUAUACAUAACUUGCAACCCUAUCAUCUGAACUCUUUACUCUCAGCCUUGGAUCGGAUUGUCAGUACGUCGGGUAUAGGUGAUUCGAAACGAUAUGGAGAAGUAUGGGGGUUGGAUCCACAAAGUGAGUUGGUAAAGAAGUGGAAAGAGUGUGGAAGAGAUGUAGAGGUGGGUGUGAGAGAGGAUGGGGAUCAUAUUUUAGGUGUAUGUGGGUACGUUCAAAGAGAGUUGGAUAUCGGGCAGAGUCAAAUGUGGAGUUGGGUAUAG